CUUGAUGGUCCGUGUCAGUCACAGCUGGCUAGUUGGCUGCCACAAGUUGAGCACUAAGCGGCGAGUCUGGGACCAGCGAGUCGCUGCAAGGAUUCCCCCGGUGCGGAACGUCACUAAAAGAUCCUGAAUGCUGAGAGGAGAAUGAAUCCUUUAGGUCAUCGAAGACCUCUACGUGUCUCUGCUGCUGUCUGCCCCCGUGCCCUCGUCUCUGCCCUCGCUAGUGGCCAUCCCACAGGGUAGGAAAGGCAAGGCUGCCCCAGUAAAUAUGCCUGGAUGGAGGUCUCGGUGGCGCCUUGUCCUGCUGAACUCCCUCACCUGUGGCCUGGAGAUCUGUGUGGCAGCUGGGAUCACGUAUGUGCCCCCGUUGCUGCUGGAGGCUGGAGUGGAGGAGCGCUACAUGACUAUGGUUCUAGGUAUCGGUCCAGUCCUCGGCCUCCUCUUCGUCCCUCUAAUUGGCUCCGCCAGUGACCACUGCAACAGCAGUUAUGGCAGAAGGCGACCUUUCAUCUGGCUGUUCUCUCUGGGAGUCCUCUUGGCACUUUUUAUCAUUCCCUAUGCAGAUGUCCUGGCUGCACACUUUGCCUGGGGCGGGCACACCUUACAGGUCGCUUUCCUUAUCCUUGGAGUGGGUCUUCUGGACUUUUGUGGACAAGUAUGCUUCACACCAUUGGAGGCGCUGUUGUCAGACCUCUAUCGAGACGGGGAGGACUGCAACCUAGCCUUCGCAAUGUUCUCCUUCAUGGUCAGCUUGGGAGGCUGCGUGGGAUACUUGCUUCCUGCGAUAGACUGGAGCCAUAGCCUGCUCGCUGUUUACCUCGGAGGCCAGGCCCAGUGCCUCUUCUUUCUCCUCAUCUUCAUCUUCAUCUCCAGUGUACUCAUCACAAUGAAAGUGUCCGACUCUACUGAACCCUACAGCGCAAUCAGCCGCUCCACAACCGUCGAGUCUCUGCUGGAUUCAGGCGGCGCUACAAAGGAACCUGACCAGUGUGGCGUUUCUCGCUCCUGCUGCUACCUGUUGAAGUGCAAGCUGAGGCUGCUGAAGACCGGACCGUUACUCUGUUUGCUAAGAACAUGCGGUUCCAUGGCUCCCGCCAUCUACAGAAGCUACUGCCAUGUCCCCAGGGUGAUGUGGCAGCUGUGUUUGGCUCACCUCUGCAACUGCAUGGCCGUCAUGUCCUUCAUGCUCUUCUUCACAGUCUUUGUAGGGGAAGGUGUGUACAGUGGUGUGCCAAACGCUGAACCAGGAAGUGUGCCCAAACAAAGAUAUGAUGAAGGCGUCCGCAUGGGAAGUCUGGGCUUGUUCCUGCAGUGCGCUACCUCAACCUUCUUCUCCAUGGUCAUGAGUCGCAUGGUUGCCCACUUCGGGUCUCGCCGGGUGUACUUGAGCGGCAUGGUGAGCUUCACCGCCUCCGCUCUGGUCAUCUGCCUUUCCAAAAGCGUGGUGCUGGUCACGAUCAUGGCCGCCCUCACCGGCUACGCCUACGCCACCCUGCAGACCUUACCCUACACCCUCACCUGCCUCUACCACAAAGAGAAGAAGGUGUUCAUGCCAAAAAGGAAAACCAAACACGUGCAUAAAAACGGCAUCAAAAACAUAACCAAGCGAGACUAUUUGGCGGCUGCAGAAGAGGGACUAACAAACGCCGCUGGCGCUUCCUUCUACAGCCAGGACACUUACUACUCCGCUUCCCUCAGUCAGAACGGAAUCACAGAACAGGACCAGCCGGAGUUGGGAUACGAAAACCGUGGCGUGGGCUUGGACUUUGCCAUUUUAGACAGCACCUUCCUCCUCGCUCAGGUUAUCCCCACCCUUUUUAUGGGCGCCAUCGCUCAAUUGGCACAGUCUGUCACGGCGUACAUGGCCUGCUCCGCCAUCUUGGGCGUCGUCGGCAUCUAUUUUGCCACUCACGUCGUCUUUGACCAAAAGGACCUCAAAGGCCGAGACUUGGACGGGAAACCCAUUGAGAAGAUUGUGGAAUAAUCAGUUUCCCUUUGGGUGGAGAGGAGGUCAACAAUGCACUAACGGAUCAUUUGGUAUCCCAGGAGGCCUUGCUCCAUUUUAUUGCAUUCUUUCUAAACAGCACCUUAUCAAGUGUGCCAAUACGAGGCAGUGGAGGUAAAAAGUGAACAUAUCAUCAGCAACGUGCAGCUACAUCAAUUACACCUGUUUACCCUGCUACCGGUAAUUAUGCUAGUGCACAUAACUACUUGCAGGGUAUUUACAUGCUUUUAGUUUGGUACUACGACCCCUCAUCACCUUCCUUCACAGCCAAGUAAGGGAACACUCCAGGACUAACACUUUACAGUCUUUCAGGUCAGGGCAUUGAAUCAGGUUGUCUUAGAAGACUAUUUCAUCAGUUCUUGCUGAAAAACUCGAGCUGUCCUAUCUAGUCAUGAGAAAGAACCGAUGAAGCUUCUAUUGAAUCAUUCACAAACUGGACUGUCCAGGUUGUCUUAGAAGACUAUUUCAUCGGCUCUUUUUGAAAAACCCGAGCUGUCCUAUUCAGUCAUGAGAAAGAACUGAUGAAGCCUCUAAUUAAUUGAUCACUACUGGACUGUCCAGUUUGUCUUAGAAGACUAUUUCAUCGGUUCUUGUUUAAAACUCAAGCUGUCCUAUCUAGUCAUGAGAAAGAACUGAUGAAGCCUCUAAUUAAUUGAUCACUACUGGACUGUCCAGUUUGUCUUAGAAGACUAUUUAAUCGGUUCUUGUUUAAAACUCGAGCUGUCCUAUCUCGUCAUGAGAAAGAACCGAUGAAGCCUCUAAUUAAUCGUUCAUAACUGGACUGGCCAGGUUGUCCUAGAAGACUAUUUCAUCGGUUCUUACCGAAAAACUCGAUGUCCUAUCUCGUCAUGAGAAAGAACCGAUGAAGCCUCUAAUUAAUCGUUCAUAACUGGACUGUCCAGGUUGUCCUAGAAGACUAUUUCAUCGGUUCUUACCGAAAAACUGGAGAUGUCCUAUCUAGUCAUGAGAAAGACCCGAUGACGCCUCUAAUGAAUCGUUCACAACUGGACUGUCCAUGUUGUCUUAGAAGACUAUUUAAUCGGUUCUUGUUUAAAGCUCGAGCUGUCCUAUCUAGUCAUGAGAAAGAACCGAUGAAGCUUCUAUUGAAUUGUUCACAACUGGACUGUCCAUGUUGUCUUAGAAGACUAUUUCAUCGGUUCUUGUUUAAAACUCGAGCUGUCCUAUCUAGUCAUGAGAAAGAACCGAUGAAGCUUCUAUUGAAUCGUUUACAACUGGACUGUCCAGGUGGCCUUAGAAGACUAUUUCAUCGGUUCUUACCGAAAAACUCGAGAUGUCCUAUCUAGUCAUGAGAAAGACCCGAUGACGCCUCUAAUGAAUCGUUCACAACUGGACUGUCCAUGUUGUCUUAGAAGACUAUUUAAUCGGUUCUUGUUUAAAGCUCGAGCUGUCCUAUCUAGUCAUGAGAAAGAACCGAUGAAGCUUCUAUUGAAUUGUUCACAACUGGACUGUCCAUGUUGUCUUAGAAGACUAUUUCAUCGGUUCUUGUUUAAAACUCGAGCUGUCCUGUCUAGUCAUGAGAAAAACACAAUUAAGCCUCCAAUGAAUUUAUCACUACUGGACUGUCCAGGUUGUCUUAGAAGAUUAUUUCAUCGGUUCUUGCUGAAAAACCCGAGCUGUCCUAUCUAGUCAUGAGAAAGAACCGAUGAAGCCUCUAAUGAAUCGUUCACAACUGGACUGUCCAGGUUAUCUUAGAAGACUAUUUAAUCAGUUCUUGUUUAAAACUCGAGCUGUCCUAUCUAGUCAUGAGAAAGAACCAAUGAAGCCUCUGAUGACUUGAUCACUUAUGGACCGUUUAGGUUGUCUUAUAAGAUGUUUCACAUGUCUGACCAGGGUUCAUCACUACAUGCUCAAGGCUGAAGCUGUCCUAUCUUGUCUUGAGCAUGAACCGAUGCAGCCUAUUGGGACCCAUUGUACACAUUAUAUGGACUUUCACUGUGCUUUUUGAAGUUAAAUGAAGGUUUCUCUGGGUCUAUCUAGUUAGGUUGGUUAAAGACAUCUCUUUUGCUUUAUCAAUGACUUGUUAUAAAGCUGUCCUAUCUUGUCUUGAGCACAAACUGCUCGGGUGAGAGUUGAAACAUCCUGUAAGACAACCCUAACAGUUUGCUGAGUUAAACCUGGAGAUGCCUUCUCUUCCAGUCGCUAGUGUUGACCACAAAUAUCCAGCUGUAUUACUGUAUGUUCUGCUGCCGCCUGGCCAGGUUUCCUGCUGACACUGCAGAGCGGCUUUUACUGUUAUCUGUCUUCAUAGCUCAGGUUUAAUGUCAUGCCUUGAACGUGCCAUCUUCAUUAGGAAGAAGAAUCCCAGUACACAACAUCUGUAACACACCUUCAUUUUCUCACAUCAUUGCACUCCUUUGACAAUCUUGGACUUCAGCAAGCAAAGAAAGUCAACACUGAUGUAGGCUAGAAAUAUGCUUCUGCACUGUUUAUGGUUUUAUUAGAGCAUGUUUUUUUCUGCUCCGAUUCUACUUGGGCAAAAGGAAACAUCGAUGAGUUGCACAAUCAGUUAAGUGCCUGUGUAUUUUAUAGACUUUUGUACAUAUGUUUUUAUUUAUGAUACUUUUAUGUCAAGAAGAAACAAAUGUUUUUAAUUAUUGGCCUGUAGCAUCUGCUGUAGGUGCAAUGGAUAAGGGCUAUUUUUGUGAAAAAGAUAAAUUAUUUGUAUAGACGACGUGCUAAGUUAUUUGAACAAUGUUCUUUGCUACUCCUUUCCUUUUAUUACCACUAGUCUCAAAUAAAUCAACAUUUCAUUAUUAACCACGCUUUUUUUUUUUAGCUCCUCUUGCAACCAAAUGUCCUGUUAGAUUCAUGUUUUUAAGCAAAUGUCCUAUUAGAUUCAUGUUUUUAAAGUGCCAAUUUCACACUCCCAAGGCCAGAAAGAUCUACAUAUAUAUUUUGUCAAUGACGCAUGCAGCCAUGGCAGGAUAUUGUUCAUUUUACGUUCACAACGUUCUGUCAGCAAUAAAAUGUCAAAUGGAUCAACUUUAGUUCU